GAAGGAGGACAGCAUGGACCAGAGGGUCAUUCGUGGACUACCCAGGGAGAUGUCAGUCAAUGACGUCAAAGAGGAUCUAGUGAGCCAAGGUAUCGCAGACGCCGAGGUUCAGCAGAUGACCUCAAGGACCACCAAGAAGCCACUUCCGCUCUUCCUCGUCAAGACGAAGAUGCCGGAAAAGCUUCUAGAGAUCCAGAGGCUGGCCAUGCUCACGGUCAGCUUCGAGAGAAAGAAAAAGUCUACCGAGCCCAGCCAAUGUUACCGCUGCCAGCGGUACGGGUACACACAGCGGAACUGCCGUCUCGCUGAACGGUGCGUGAAGUGUGGAGAGGACCACAGCAGCACCAGCUGCAGUCUGCCAGCGCCGCCAACAGGGCAACGAAAUGCCAAGUGUUGCCUUUGUGGAGAAGAUGACAUGUUUAACAGCAGUACAGAAUACGCUUUAUCAGCACAGCAUAUCGUGUGGCACUACCCCAUUGGUUAG